AUGCAUGGAUCGAUGCCCUUGAGGCGAACAUAUUAUUAUUUAGAACAAGGGAAAAUUAUAUUUCGAGACAAUGUAGCAGUUUUGACAUUAGGAUAUCAUAGUAAACCAAAACCAGAACAAGAAGGAGCAAAAAGUUUUGUGUAUUGGCAUUGGGCUCAGCUCCAAUAUAAAAAUCCAAAAGUCCAACUGGUAAAGUUACGUGAUGUUGUAAUAACUCCUUAUGCUCAGGCUUUCUUACAUGAUGGAAGAGAAGUUUUAUUUGACCUUGAAGGAUUAAAAAAAGAAGAAAUAAUUGAUGUGAUAUCAAAAACAUUAGGAAAGACAGAAUUAGUUUAUAAAAGAGAGCAUUUGGAGAAAAUGCAACUUCAUAAUCCGGCAUCAUUUGGUAGUGAUUGUGAUAGGCAAUGCAUGUGUGAAAUGCAAGGUCAACAACCUUGUACCAGUUUAAUUGAAGCUCCUGAAUAUUUGAAAGGAAAAUGGAGAUGGAAUCAUAAUAUUGUUUAA